UCCCCAGCAGCAUGUCGGGCCUCCCGAGGAGCUAUAACCCCUUCGCCGAGGACGAAGAGGCUGAGGCGGUGUCGCCGUGGUCGGCGAGCGGCGGCGGGGAGGCGGACGGCGCCUCGCGGCAGCGGUACCUGCAGCAGGAGGUGCUGCGUCGCUCCGCCGCCACCGCCGACAGCACCACCCGCUCCCUCUCGCUGCUGUACGAGUCCGAGCGCAUCGGCGUGGCCGCCUCUGAGGAGCUUGUACGACAAGGAGAGGCACUGAAGCGCACAGAGCAGAUGGUAGAUAAAAUGGACCAGGACUUGAAGACUAGUCAAAGGCACAUAAAUAGCAUUAAGAGUGUUUGGGGGGGCUUGGUGAACUACUUCAAAGCCAAACCUCCAGAGAACAAGCCAGAGCAGAAUGGAACGUCUGACUAUUAUGCUAACAGUAGGUUAAAAGAAGCCAUGAUGUCUAGUAAAGAGCAAGAGUCAAAAUACCAGGAAAGUCAUCCAAAUUUAAGGAAGCUAGAUAUAGACAAUGAUUUCAGCAAAACAGAUUCAGUUUCUUCAGGGCCAAGGGAUUCCUAUCCGAAGAACCAACACCUGCGUGCUUACCACCAGAAAAUUGAUAACAACUUAGAUGAGAUGUCUUCUGGGUUGAGUCGUCUGAAAAACCUAGCUCUUGGGCUGCAGACAGAAAUAGAUGAGCAAGAUGAUAUGCUGGAUCGGCUAACAAAAAAAGUAGAGACACUGGAUGUCAAUAUUAAAAGCACUGAUAAGAAAGUCCGACAACUUUAAAGCAUUUUUAGAUUUUUUUUUUGGACAUCAGUUUUUGGAUGUCUCAUCUCAACCCAUCGCUUACAAAAUCUUGGACAGUAUCUGCUUCUCUUUGUUUCUGUUAUUGAUUUUGUUGUCAUUAAAAUUGCAUAAUCUUAAA